ACUGUUUGUUUACUUUUUUAGGCAAAACUCUUGAAUCGACGAUCGAAUUUCGCUGAAAAUAACAUUUGCGGGUGUAUUGCUUUGCUCAGAUACUAACAGUCGGACAUUCCCAUGAUGACCAACGUUUACGAUGUUGCCAAGUGGCCCAUAUUUUCUUUACUUGCUGACGAUCUUCUGGUGAGCGGCAUAAGGCUUGCGUGUGUCUACGGGAGCGCAGGCAACGAGGCCAUCUAUGUCACCAAGGAUGAUGAGGUUUUUGCCUUUGGCAACAAUCACAAUGCGUGUCUUGGCCUCGGUGAUGUCCAGUCCAGCUUGGCACCACGGAAGAUAGAGUCCCUUUGCAAGAAGGGUGUGAAUUCCCUAGCGUUUGGAAGUGGACCGCAUGUUGUUGCUGCCACUGAGAAUGGGGAGAUUUAUAGCUGGGGUCACAACGGAUACUGUCAGCUCGGCAACGGUAGCACAAGCCAAGGACUGGUACCACAUCGCAUCUCAACCAACCUUGGUACAUGUAAGGUCUGUCAUAUAGCCUGCGGAAGUCACCACAGUCUUGUCCUCACUGUUAAAGGAGAGGUGUUUGCCUGGGGUUACAAUAACUGUGGUCAGGUUGGUUCUGGUGCCACUGCUAAUAUCAAUACUCCUAGGAAAGUUGCUUCCGUAUUGAGUGGAAAACGUGUUGUCUCAAUUGCCUGUGGACAGACAUCAUCCCUAGCUGUUAUCGACAGUGGAGAGGUCUAUGGGUGGGGCUACAAUGGAAAUGGUCAACUUGGUCUUGGGAACAAUGUCAAUCAACCCAGUCCAUGCAAAGUAUCUAGUCUGAAUAACUUAAUCAUUGCUCAGGUCGCAUGUGGGUAUGCCCAUUCCAUGGCCCUGUCUGACGAAGGGAAUAUCUAUACUUGGGGUGCUAACUCAUAUGGUCAGCUUGGAACAGGGAACAAGGCCAAUCUCUGUGGGGCUACCAAAAUAGGAGAGAGUAUAGGAAGGUUCAUAGAUAUCGCAGCCACCCAUUAUGCUCAUAUCUCAGCGGCCAUGACGCAGACAGGAAAGAUCUAUAUGUGGGGUCAAUGUCGAGGUCAGUCUAUCACCUCCCCCAUGGAGACUCGUUUUACGUGCCUGGAUGACGUCUUUGCGUGCUUCGCUUCUCCUGCUGUCACCUACAGACCACUCACCUUUGAAAACUUCAUUGGUAGGCGAUCUCUUGAGGAGACGUUAUCUCUAGCCUUUGAUAACCAGGACACGUCGGACUUGAAGUUCUCGGUGGACGGAAAGCACAUUCAUGUACACAAAGCUCUUCUAAAAAUCAGAUGUCUUCAUUUUAGGAGUAUGUUCCAGUCACAUUGGGAUGAAGAUGGCAAAGAUGUAAUAGAGAUAACUCAAUUCACCUACCCGGUGUACCAUGCAUUCUUGGAAUAUCUCUACACCGACUCAGUCUCGCUACCGCCUCACGAUGCCAUCGGUCUGUUAGAUCUUGCCAAUUCCUACUGUGAAACGCAUUUAAAGAAGCAGUGUGAACGCAUCAUCAAGCAAGGUAUCAAUGUGGACAAUGCUGCACUGUUGCUAGAAGCUGCCAUUAGAUAUGAAGCAAAGGACCUUCAGGCCUUCUGUUUCAAGUUUGCGGUGAACCAUCUGACGGCAGUGGUAAAGACUGAAGCCUUCAACAAUCUGGAUGGAACCUACUUGAAGGAUUUCAUUCGACAGGCUGCGGACUGGGGAGCAUUUAAGUAUUGACCAUGAAUGAGUGGUAGGCUAUGAAUCUACCACAUGUGAACAGGUGCAUUGUUUGAUAGGCAGGAAAAACUGCUUUAAAGUUGACAUCAUAAACUGAAAUUGAUAUUUUUUUUCUUUGUAGUUGCAUUCCAUUUACAAAUUCGUAAAAGUGAAAAUAAAAUAGCUCAAUGUCAUGAUUAAAUGGUGUGUUUUAUAAUACAUGGGGGUAAGUAGCGGUUACACUUCGUAAUUCCGAAGGUUCGUAAUUCCGAAACACGAAAAUUGCCUAUACCUCGAUGUUCGUUAAUCCGAAAACGUAAAAGGGUUCGUUAAUCCAAAUAUUUGUGGCGUUAUUCCGAAGGUUCGAUAAUCCGAAAACGAAAUAAGGUUCGUUAAUCCGAAAACGAAAUAAGGUUUGUUGUUCCGAAGGUUCGUUAAUCCGAAAACGAAAUAAGGUUCGUUGUUCCGAAGGUUCGUUAGUCCGAAAACAAAAUAAGGCUCGUUAGUCAUUAGUUUUCGGGCUAACGAACCUUCGUAAUUACGAACCUCAUUUCGUUUUCGGACUAACGAACCCUCGGAAUUACGAACCUCAUUUUGUUUUCGGACUAACGAACCUUCGGAAUUACGAACCUUCGGAAAUACGAACCUUCGGAAUAACGAACAUUAGGAAUAUCCGAACCUUCGGAAUAACGAAGCUUCGGAAUUACAAAUGUAUGCGGUAAUUAGCGCCCUUAUUGUGAUGUCACUCAUUCACGGUGAUGUUUGAAGGUUUGCAUGGUGGUAUGAGCAAUUGCGGAAGAGGUUUAGGUACAUCAUGUGUAAAGUCUAGGAAUGACUGAGAUAAGAAAAGUGGAUAGAAAUGGAGAUGAAAUGGAGAUUAGAAAGUAGAGUAUUCUUUUCAAAAUGAGUAUAGUCCUUAAAAGGACUGUAAACCAGAAGGAGUGGAAAGCUGAGUAGGGGGCAGGCUUGAGUAGGUGAGAGAAGGCUGGCUUGAGUCGGUGAAUUGAGUAGUAGCAGGAGCGGGAGAGUAGACUUGAUGUUUCGGGCAGGUUGACUGAGACGGACAAUCUACUCUCCUGCUCCUGCUACUACUCAUUUUGCCGACUCAAGCCAGCCUUCCCUCACCUACUCAAGCCUGCCUACUACUCAGCUCCGGAUGACAAAGCAAUGCGAUGAAGGGGCAUGACACACUCAUUUGUUUGAUAUCAAAUUCGUCAUUAUAGCACAAAUAUUUUAUAAGAUACAGUAAAUUUCAUAAUGUUUGGCAAGUGUUAACCUUUUCUUGAAUUUCUUGGGUGUAUGUCAACUUCUGGCCUCAAUUGAUUGGAGGAGCAUCUCAUCUGUCAUGUCACAAAAUUCAAACUUUAAAAAUUAAUGAUUAUUUAUCAUUCAUAACUCUGUUUUUCUUGGAGGGAUUAGCUUAUUGUCAUGGUGAACUUGCUUCCAUUAAUUAUCCACAACCUAUUGUAAAAAACAAAAAAAAAACACCCCCCCCCCUUGUUAAAUUUAAUUUUGUUAAUUGUAUGAUUUCCAGCAGUAGGUUAUGGGAAAAGAAGUCUUGUGGAUGAUAUCCUUACUGCUGAAUUGUGGGAAAAAAUCUGGAACACAAUUAAGUGCAAUACUCCAUUUAGGGUGCUGAGAGUUUGAGGCUACUUUUAAAAAUUUGUCUAACCAACAAAUUUGAUUAAAUCUCGAUUAUAAUAUAUAGAUGUUACGUUGGACCAAGAUUUUGAGAAGAAAUAUGGCUUUUUUCUACUUCUGUCACUAUUUAUUUAAAGGCAUUUGUGUAUUCCUCUGUAUUCUCUAUAUAAAGUAGUGAUUAUUUAUUGUUGAUAAUAUUUUAUGUUUCAAUACUAUACAGUGUUGAUCAUAUGAAAUAUUACUAGGAUAUCUUCAAAUAGGUUUGAAAGUUUCUUUGUGGAAAGAAAUAUUUUGAAAUGAAGUAUAACAUCCUUUUUUGGCUCGUUAAAAACGAGACAAUGGAUGUAACAUCAUUCAUUUAUACAUAAGAGUAUAUUUUCAAGUUCAAGUUUUAUUUUUAUUUCCAUUAUAAACAUUAUAAACAAAUACAAAUCAAACAUACAUCAUUGAUAUAAACAAAUACAAAUUGAAUAUGAUAAAAAUGAUUACAAAUCAACUACAACUUCCAAAACAGCAAAAAAGUUUUUUAAAAAUCUUAUGGAAAUGGAAUUUUGAUAGUCUAGAAAGAAUCCUAGUUGAUGUACAUUGUAGAUGGGAUCUUCAUCAUACUAAAUUAAUAAAUGUAUAGUUACCCCAAAGUUAGAUAUUUGAUUUGACUUUGAGAGAUAUCAUACAGACACUUAGGCCAAUCCAUUGAUUUGCAUAAGUUUUGAAUGUGAUUGAUUUCACAAUAAGAUUAGCAUUUUAUAUUUUCUUAUAGCAAUUUAAGGUCAUUUCGACAUCUACCGUUUCUCUGUCGGGAACACUGCAUGAAUGUAUAAACCAUAUUUAUCCUACCAAAUGCACUGUUAAACAUCUUUAUGGAUAAGUGAAUAUAUUAUAGGAAUAUAUUUUGACUUGAGUCCUGAGAUUGUGGUACUAUGUUUUCUACUUUUUGUAUGUAUGUUUUGAUUUGUUAUAUUUUCAGAAAAUGUAUCCAAUAUGUAAAAGGUUGCGUUUGUAUGUUUUGUAUCAUAAGAGGUAUUUAUCAUUCCACGAUUAUUAUGAAAAAAUUCGAGGCAUUGUCAUGAUUUGCAGCAUUUUAUUUCAUUCCUUUUGAUUUGAAAUCAUUUUGGUAUAAAGAGAUCAUGGAAUUAUGUAUGGGUAUUAUUUUUGGACUGGUAGCUACACUGAAUUUAGAAACCUAUUUUUUUUUUAUUUGUUUGCAGUAAUUUCAAAAGUAUUGAUCAUCUUCCGCCAUUAAUUGUGUGUUGUGUAUUUUAUGUAAUAGCGCCACCUUGUGUCGCUCUGGCUUGUUCUGCUUUUGAAACCUGCUAAUGCUGCUCUCCGUUUUGUUGAUGUUAAUUUGUCUAGACUUUCAAAAUAAUUUUGUAAAAAUAAAAGUGAGUUUUAUUUUUUUCUUCAGAACAACAGAAGUUUGAUAUUAAAUGAAAUUUAUGUGCCUUACUGAUUGAAAUUUUCAGAAAAUCCAUGUGUAUCUGUAAAGAAAAGAAUGCAUUCUUCCUAGUGAUUUGACAAAACUAGAAUACCUUUCCUAAACAAUAUGUUAAAGGUAAAAGACAGUAGUUGCAAGAAACAAUAAUUUCAUGAGAAAGUCUUUUAAAUCAAGGUUAAUUGUCAAAAUAUUAUCAUACAUCUAGAUCUGGUAUAUUUAAGUAAACUUAUCUUUGUAAAAUCAUGAAAUUUUAGCUCAAAUUCAAUUAUUCUGAUGAUCACUAACACAGAAAAGCGUAUGUGGGACGGUGUAUUAAUAUUGCUUCGAAAAAUACCCGACAUUUAAUGGAAUUCCUUGCUUAUCUUGCUCAUUUCUCAGCAAUUACGCAUUUUCUUCCAGAGCCAAUUGGCACAUAUUUUUUAUUCGUACAUGUACAUACAUACACUUUGGUUGUAAUUUCAUUGGAUUCUGUUCAAACUCAUUUUGAGAUCAUUACCACAACUGGUAUUUAUCUUUAAAGUGUAUGGUAGUAAAUAAAAUUAUUAUUAUGAGAAGUA